ACCUCUGGCGAAGGGGAUGCUGGGAGUUGAACAGCUGAUUUCUCAUGCUCAGUGAGAUCAAGGACUUGGUCAGAUGUAGGUUCCAUUCCAAAAGAGGAGUUGAAGUAGUAGAGUUGGAGCACAGGGAUGGAGACAAAGAUUCACCCUCAGGACCUCCCAAGGUUUAGGGUACAGAAUGUACCUCAAACGGCAUACUACAUUCCAGACUUUCUAACAGAGGAAGAGGAAAGCUACCUGCUGGCCAAGGUGUAUGCAGCACCUAAGCCCAAGUGGACACAACUAUCCAACCGUCGCUUGCAGAACUGGGGUGGGUUACCUCAUCCAAAGGGUAUGGUGGUAGAGAAGCUGCCUGAGUGGCUGCAGAUGUGUGCAGACCGUAUCCACUCCUUAGGUGUGUUCCAGGACAAGAUGCCCAACCAUGUGCUGGUGAAUGAGUACCAACAGGGACAGGGCAUCAUGCCACAUGAGGAUGGUCCAUUGUUCUACCCUACCAUCACCACUGUCAACCUGGGGUCCCACACGCUGCUGGACUUCUACAAGCCCCUCCCUGGUGGAGAGGGGGAUGCUGGGAGCACAGAACAGGCUAACAUUGAGGCAUCAGCAGCCCCCUGUGAUGAACGGUACACCAUGUCGUUCCUCCUGGAGCCCCGCAGCCUCCUGGUCCUGCAGGAGGACCUGUACCAUCACUUCCUGCACGGCAUCGCCGAGCGGUCCGCAGACUCCAUCACGGACAGGGUUACGAACCUGGCAUCUUGUGGGGGUGCGGCUGUGGGGGACACGUUAACACGAGCCACGCGGGUGUCUCUGACCAUCAGACAUGUACCCAAGACUCUGAAAGUGCAGCUGAGGUUGGGGAGGAGAUGACAGGAGAGGGCAGCUUUGGAAGAGGAGGAGGUAACAUCAACUCUCAUAGUCAUAAUUCCACAGGAUGCCAUAAUACCGCCACACGAGGAAAAACAUGAAUUCAGUGUGAUUAAAAGAGAUGUACCGAUGCAACAGCAGUAUUCCUGUAUAUGCUUCAGAUAUUUAGGCGCUCAGGACAAAAUUUGAGAAGACCUUUAUAACAAUGCUUUUGUUGUGGUGGUAUUGUGGCACCCAUGGAAUUAUGAGAGUCGAUGUUACGGGCUAAAGUUUGUCCAUACAUGUGCAAUGUUCUUUAAAAUGUUUGAUAGUCUGUGUACAUGAGCUUCUAUGUUUUAUAUUCAUAUAAAUUGGAACGUCUCCAAAAAUAAACUGGAUCCAUUCAAGAUUUAAUAACAGCAAGGAGCUUUCAUCAAAGGAGCUUUCAUCAAAGCGCCUUGGUAGCAGAUCCCAUGGAUUGCCCCAGAGGACAUUUCCCAGCUUAUCUCAGUAUAUAAAGAAGAAACUCACAUGUGGUGAUUGAGAAAAAUUUUAUUAUUUGUACUAUUAUUUAUGGUUCUUGUAGCAAUUUAUCUCUUGAAAUAUCUUGGCUGCAUGUACAAUAUAUAUAUGUACCAUCCAGUUGUACUUUUUAGAAACAAAUAAAUACAAAAUGAUCAA